AUGUUUGCUACCUCUGCGGCCCUAGUGGCGUUGGCCACUCUGGCAUCCGGCCAGAAUGCUAUCCCGGCUGCUGACGUCCCUUUCAUCGGGGGUGGUGUGUUCCAGAGGAACGACCCUUAUCUUGCUAACUACACCUUUGUCUACCGACCUCCCUUUGACGCUAAAGUCUAUGGUGACUACUAUCGCUGGUCCGUCAACAACGAGACCGUUGCCAUUGCCAACCUCACCGAAGACCGUGCCAAGGGCCCUGUCGAGGGCCAGAAGUUCAAGAAGAUCCAUCACGUAAUCUUCGAGAACGAGGUGUUCAGCUGGACCAUGUCCGAUCCGUACUGGCAGCUGCUCGCUCGCCGCGGCAAACUACUGACCAACUCCCACGGCGUCACCCAUCCUUCCUUGCCCAACUACGCUGCUCUUCUCGCGGGUGAUUUCUUCGGCAUGGACGCCGAGGACUUCUACAACAUCGAUGCAACCACCAUCUACGAUCUCCUCGACGUCAGGGGCAUCAACUACGCCAUGUACGUCGAAUGGUACAGCCCAGCCGCUACCAAGCGCGGGUCCCUCGACUGCAAUAACUACAUCUUUAAUGGACCUAUCGACAGCACCAACCCCGAGUGGUCUUCGCAGGUCUACCGUCGUCUGGGCGUCCCCGCCCUGCUCUUCAGCACCUACACCUCCGAAUAUGAGCGCUGCGCCAAGAUCUACAACGCCACAGAGAAGUUCGCCGACGACGUCAUGUCCGGCAAGCUGCCCGCCUACUCUUACUAUGUCCCAGACAUGCUGCACAACGGCCACGACCCCAUGUCGGAUUCGGCCUACGUGCAUCAGACCACCACCUCGGGAUACUGGUUUAACGCCUUCCUGGACCUCUACCUGCCGGAACUGGAGAAGCAGGGCACGCUUGUCGUUGCCACCUUCGACGAGGCCACCUGGCAGAACGACGAUGACACGGCCCCCAAUAACAAUAACCAGAUUUUGACACUGGUGUUCCGUGCUGGUAUUACUCUCGACACCGAGAACGAUUCCUACAUGACCCACUACGGUGUUCUUCGGGGUGCCAUCCAGAACUUUGGGCUGGGAUCCCUGGGUCGCAACGACACAAAUGCUACCAACGGCAACCUGUUUGAUCUUGUUCAUUAG